GAGGGUGACGGCGGUGGAUAUUAAAGUGACCGCCAACAUCGAGAGCAGCACGUUGAAGUGGCCCAGCCGGUCGCCCACCAACCCAGGCAGCACCCGGCCGAGGAACGACGCGCUGUUCAUGAUGGCGAUGAAGUUGUACCCCGUUUCGGUGGGGAACCCGGACCAUGCGACGAAGGUGGGCAACAUACCGCCGACGCCGAAGAUGGCAAACUCAAGCAGGAAGGUUGCAGCGGUAACAAAGGAGAAAGGCGGCGUUUGAAGGCAGUGAAGUUCAGAGCUGCUCCUUUGCUUCUUUUCCUCCUCGGCGUCGUCUCCGUUCCUGGGGGUGUCUGUUCUCGAGACCGAGGCUCCAGCGCCGUGCCGUCACGCUCAGCCAUCCUCUUCUCGCCCAUGAGUUUCGGAUACGGCAUGAGACAAACGACACCUUCCAGUCGGAGGCAAACUCUAGCCUGAAUGCAUGUGAGAUUGUCUGCCCCUGCUUCUGCUUUGUUCGAGCUCGAGCUCGAGUGGUUCUAUCGCCGGUUCUUCAUCCUUGGCGUUAUCUUUUUUGGCUUGGGGGUUGUCCUGGGUCCAACUCGGUCCUCGGGGAGGAUGGGAUCCAGGAUCCACGCAAACAAUGAUUCGAGCGCCUCGUCUUAUGACGCCUUAUCGACCCUGGACCCGACCAUUGUCCUCCCCUAUCAGCGGCGGCGGCAUGAGCAACACGACGCCAUCUUUGAUACCCGGUCAUUCGGGAGUCGUGUAUCGGCUUCGGCUUCGGCUUCGGCUUCGGAUUUGUGCCUUGUCGGCUCCGACGCCGGCCUGUGUGAUAUAUUUGUCAAGAGGGGUAAAGGGGUGACCAUGGUCGUGGUGGGAGGGGAGGAUGAUUAUGUCAGCUAG